AUGCCCAAGAUGCGGCGAGUCUUGAUCCGAGCGGGCAUCCUGGUCACGGUCAGCAGCCCGGCUGCUCUAGCCGCGGCUGUCCAGUACGACAAGGCCGACACGGACAAGUUCCAAACUUGCGCCGACUUCACCAAGACCAUCAACAUCGCCAACAGCACCACCACCUCGGCCGAGUUCGUCCCCGCCGGCACCACCAUCAACUUCCUCGACGCGGACCGCACCUGCAACCGGCCCUCGCAGCUGGUCACUAUGCCCCUCUGCCGCGUCCAGGCCAACAUCUCCACCUCGGCCGGCUCGGGCCUGCACUUGGAGGCCUGGCUGCCGCAGAACUGGACCGGCCGCUUCCUCAGCACCGGCAAUGGCGGGCUCGGCGGCUGCGUCCAGUUCGAGGACGUCGAGUGGGCCGCGUCGUUGGGUUUUGCGGCCGUUGGCGCCAACAACGGCCACGACGGCAUGUCGGGCGCCGUGUUCCUCGACAAGCCCGAUGUCGUCGAGGACUUUGCCUACCGCGCCAUGGUCACGGGCGUGCGUGCGGGCAAGGCGGUCGCGCGCGACUUUUACGGGCGCCCCCACACAAAGAGCUACUACCUCGGCUGCUCGACCGGCGGCCGCCAGGGCAUGAAGAUGGUGCAGGACUUCCCGGACCCGUUCGACGGCGUGUCUGCGGGCGCGCCGGCCUUCAACUUCAACAACCUCAACACGUGGAGCGGCCGCUUUUUGUACCUGACGGGCACCAAUACCAGGGACACUUUCGACAUACUCGAAAAGUGCGACGCCCUAGACGGCAGCGCCGACGGCGUCCUCGAGGCCCCCGACCUGUGCCGUUACACGGCCGACGACCUGCUCUGCGGCGGCGCCCGCAACGCAACGGCCCCGCGCUGCCUGACGGCCAGCCAGGUCGGCACCGUCAACGCCGUCUUCAGCGAGAUGCGGUCCGCCGACGGCGCCUCCCUCUACCCGCGCAUGCAGCCCGGGUCCGGGGCCGCCGCCUUCGACACGUACUACACGGGCCUGCCGAGCCCCUACCUCGACUGGCUCCGCUACGUCGUCAUGGCGGACCCGUCCUUUGACCUUUACGCCUUCGCGCCGGAGCUCUGGGCGGAAUCGGACCAACUCAACCCGUUCGACAUUCGCUCCUUCAAGGGCGACAUUAGCGCCUUCCGCGACCGCGGCGGCAAGCUGCUGCACUACCACGGCCUCAUGGACAACGUCAUCAGCAGCAACAUCAGCCCGCGGUAUUACGACGAGGUCUCGAGGGCCCUGGGCGGCGGCGGCGACGGCGGCGCGUCUCCCGACCAGCUCGACGGCUUCUACCGCCUGUUCCGCAUCUCGGGCUUGGGACACUGCCGCAGCGGGCCCGGCGCGCACUUUAUCGGCAACAACCGCGCGCAGCUCUCGGCGGACCCGGGCGCCGUCCACGACAGCGUGCUCAUGAGGCUGGUGCGCUGGGUCGAGGACGGCGAGGCGCCCGACGUGAUCAGGGGCGCCGGCACCGCCGACGGCAGGGCGGGGCCGACGACGUUUGCGAGGGACCACUGCCGCUGGCCGCUGAUGAACAGGUUCCAGGGCGGCGACGCCAGCAGCCCGGAUUCGUGGAAGUGUGUUUCGUACAACGCGACGACCUGA